GGAUGGCCCAAUUGCGGACAGUAAUAAAAGCUACUUGAAAAGAUUCGUAGGAUCAUGUCUGUAUUAACAUAGAAGUGUGAAACGUACACGGAGAUCUCUUCGGCAUAGCAAGAAAGUGAGGAUUGUCAACAUGUUUCAACUAUUUGUCAUCGCUUGUGUAUUCAUACUCGUUUAUGGAGAACCGUCUACAAACGUGAAUCGAUGUAAUCAAAAUGAAGGUGAAUUACCCCUCCAUAUAUAUAUACAGGACUGCAUUGACCCACCCUGCCGAGUGGUAACGGGUGCGGAUGUGGUGGUCAACGUUAUCUUUAAAGUUCCUCGUACAACUCGCAGCAUGGCUACCAAAGCAAUAGUUUUUUCAAGCAGAGAGUAUGAUCUUGAGGAGUAUGCAAUUACAUGCAAUUUUCUUCGGAACACAUAUUGCCCAGUUUUCAGAGAUGAAGUAGUUGAAUAUACACUGCGUAUGCACGUAGAGUCGUGGUUUCCAGCGAUCCCAUCUAUUCCUAUAAUGUUUCGAGUUAUAGACGAAAAACAAGCCCCUAUUUGGUGUAUCAGCACUACGAUCGAAGUGAUAAAACCGUCAAAAACCGUAAACAAUGAGACAUUGAUAGAAUAAAAACUUUUCAGAUUUAUUUACAUCGAGAA